UGUGUUUGCCCGGCUCGCCAGCUGAAGUCACAAGAUUCUGAGUAUCAUGCAGCACUCUGGAAUUCCUACAAAAACUCAUCAGAAAGGGUACACUGCCUGCUAUGCAGAAACGGCCGUGCAUCGGACUUUUCAGAUAAAAACAUUUAGUACAGAGUUGAAAAACCAUGUGAUGGUCAUGGAUUUUGUGAAGAGUAACUGGUUUCCCUCCCAGAGAAGAGCCAAAGUUUGUAUCAUCCGUAUGUGUCAAGGCUUGAAGACGGCUGAGCAGACGGCCAGCAGAUAUGAGAUCCACAGUCGACUCUUCUCAUCUCCCAAAGAUCAUUCUGCCUGGGAAAGAAAAGAAAAUCUUUCAAACACAGGAUUACGGGACAACCACUACAGUACAAACGAUCAAAUUGCCCUUAAGAGUCUCCAGUCUGAUGUUACAGAGAAGAAACGUCACUUCACCGAGGGGACUCUGGCAUCGCAAAACACAAAAAUGAUUUCCUCCAUAGUCAUCUCCCAGCUGAUUGAUGAGAACAAGUCAAGAGACAGCGGGGCCGUGCUGCCCCUGCCGUGCGAGGUCUCUCUGCCUCCUGCACGUCAGCUGAAGCAAUCUUUGGCUAAUCGCACCGGAGUCAACAUUCACAGGGUGUUUGCUUUACUCCCCGGCAGAUUAGGAAUUCCCACCCUGGCAGAUGAGCGAGGACCUGAGAGAGAACUGCCGCCCAAAGAGGAGAACCCAUGUGGUGGCCCCCCAAAAGGGUUUGCAUCCAUCACCAUCACAGCCAGGCGUGUGGGCCCCCCGGCCAGCACCCUGGUGUGGGGGACUGUUGGGGGCCCGCUGUGUCCCAGGUGCAGGGCCCAGGACCCCCUGCUCCAGGACCCCCCGGCUCUGGCCCAGAGUGCCCACCCACAGCGGCACACAGCGUUCUCCAGAAACGGCUCCGUGGUGAGGCUGCAGGUUCCUGAGACCCACACACAGCUGUGUGAGGGACACGAGUACUGGGUCACCCAUGUGGACGACAGAGAGACCAGGUUUUCUUCAGACGCCCCGCCGUCGGGCAAGGGCCCGCUGGUGUUCAGUUCCUGUGUCCACCUCGGGGUGUCUCGGCCGUGCCCGAAUUCAGUCUACUACUCAGACAAGCCUCUCUCCGUCCCCACUGAGCAGCCUCAGCUUGCCGGCCCCCAGAUGCACAGAUCCGUCCUGUCGCUCACCCUCAACUGUAGUUCCCACAGGUUGACAGCAGAUGGGGCAGAUGGCCUGGCGAACGGAGAGCCAAUAGGCAGGGCCCUGAAGCCCCAGCUCACGGAGGGAAGCCAGGGCCUAGGCCUGCGCUGGAGCCCAGGUGGACAAGAAAGUCGCUUGAAGGAAAACCCGUCAUUGGGGCGGGUGCAUCUGGAGACCGGCACCUGCCCUUGGAGCAGCUCCCCUCCGCUGGGAAACACAGAGUCUGCAGAUGUGGGAACUACCCAGGUCACUGUAAGAAAAGGGACAGAGGACCACUCGACACGUUGUCACCCCAGCGGCCGUGCCAACCAGCUCUCCAUUCACAUUCCUGGCUGGAGUUACGCAGCAGUAGACACAAAAGUAUUCCCUGGAAGCAGCAAGGAGCAAGGAGGAGCGCGGGUGACCCUGUCUGCUCCCCCAGUGGAACAGAAGCCCACUAAACACUUCCUUCCCGAUGGGGACAGUUCUCCAGGCGAUGACUGUCAGUCUAGUGACCUUUCUGAGCCCACAGAGAGACGACAUCAAAGCUUCCUGAAACCCAGAAUCCCUUUUCUUGGGUUUCUUCGCCCCGUACGAGACGUACGCAUGUCUCCACAGGAAGACGAGGGUGCUCAGAUAGACAGACAGCUCCCCACAGGAGACUACACCUGCUGUGACUUGGUGGUAAAAAUAAAGGAGUGUAAGAAGAGUGAGGACCCCACCAUGCCCGAGCCCUCGCCAGCGCCCCCCGAGGGGCCAGAGAGCCCCGCCCCGUGUGAAGACCGCUCUGAGCCUCGGCAAACGCCCGCAAACUCCUUGACCUUGCAGGAAGCGCUGGAAGUUCGUAAACCUCAGUUCAUUUCUCGCUCGCAAGAACGGCUGAAGAAGCUGGAACACAUGGCACAGCAGAGACAGGCACAGCGGAAGGAGAACCCGGGGCAGAAGCAGAGCCUCCUUCCCGUCCGCGCCAACAAGAAGCAGUUCACCGUCCCCCACCCUCUUAGUGAUAACCUGUUCAAACCCAAAGAAAGGUGCAUUUCAGAGAAGGAGAUGCAUAUGCGAUCUAAAAGAAUUUAUAAUAACUUGCCGGAGGUUAAAAAGAAAAAAGAAGAACAAAGGAAAAGGUUGAUCUUACAGAGUAACAGACUCCGUGCUGAAGUCUUCAAAAAGCAAUUACUGGACCAGCUCCUUCAAAGGAACGCGGUCUAACCGCAGGCUGCCCUGCUGACCGCACUACCUGGACCUGGAAUGACUUCAAACGCUGGACAAGCCAUUAAACUCAGCGCUAUCUUCGUGAUGUGAAAGCACUUAUUUUACUUUUUUUUUUUUUCUAUGAAGGAAAACAUCACUUCCUGAAUUACUGACCCAAACCAAACAGAAACAAUAACCCUCGAGGAAAUAGGUCAACAAUCUGUUGCGGGGAAACCAACUUAAUAUAACCCGCUAGACAAAGUCUCCUUCAUCUCUUACUUCUGAAUUUUAUUUUUUGCUUCUGAUUUAUUCCCCUCUGCUAUUUCCGGCCAAGCAGAAAGGCCUUAUUCACUGGUGUGCUUAGAUCCCUGGGGGAUAUAUUUUCAUCAAAUUUCUGGGACCUAAAUCCAUCUCUUUUUAAAUAUCAAACCUCUAAUGCCUGCUAGUUCUGCAGACUCCAAAAUGUGGGUCAUCACGUAGUGUAUUUUAAAACUUUCUAGACGUGUGCACUCCCUGAUGUGAGAGACUGACUUUGGCAGUCAGUGGGUGCGAUGCCCGAGGCUGGGGCAGGCAGAGCAGCCCUCAGCCACUCCCGCCCCACCCCACCCCCUUUCCUCACUUAGCAAAAGAAUCCAUUUCUAUGGGAGCUCU